UCUUCCAGAAGACCAGAACGGGUGUGGAAGAAGAAGACCCGCGUGUGGAGGAACAUCUAAAGCCGGCAUUAAUUUACAGCUAGUCUACAUUUCCUGAUUCGUGAAUUUCACCUUUCCCAAAGUUUCGAACAGAAGGUGACAAGGAGCUAGAAGAUGAUAAAUAUGCAACAGCAACCGGGACAACAGGCACCGAUUCCCCAAAGACAGCCUCCGCCUCCACCAGUGUCAAUGCCGAAACCGAUCCUGCCGCCGGGUAGUGUUUGUACACCGGGCUUGGAGUACUUGUCACACCUGAACCAGCUGGUCAUCAAACAACGCGUAGAACUGGCUGAAGCUCUUCUCCACUUCGAGACGAGAAACAAAUACAUCGCUUGUAACAACCAGGGUCAGAACGUAUACUAUCUAGCCGAAGAGAGCGGGAUGUGUGUUCGGAACUGCAUGGAUGCAACUCGAUGCUUCGAAAUGUACGUGUGGGACACCCAGAACAGGAUUGUGAUGAGGUUUCUCCGGCCACUACGAUGGAGGAGCACCUACCAGUAUUGUUGUUGCUGUUGCCUUUUGCAGGAAAUCGAAGUGCAAGUGCCGCCGGAUCAAACGGUCGGUUUUGUGUUUGAAGAGUGUACCAUCUUCCGCACGUCGUACUCCAUCUGUGACAGAAGAAUGAAGCCACUGAUGCGAGUGCAAGGACCAUGGUUAACCUGCAGCACGCCAUGCGCCACGGACGUGAAGUUUUCCAUUAGGUCGCUGCACGACAUAGAGAUUGGUGUCAUCGCGAAGGAGUGGUCAGGACUUAUCAAGGAGGCGUUCACGGACGCGGACACAUUCAGCGUCACGUUCCCUGUUGAUAUGGACGUUGAUGUCAAAGCCUGCAUCCUUGGAUGCGCAAUCCUGAUCGACUAUAUGUAUUUUGAAAACACGACGGAUACUCCAAGAUAUCGAAGACGACUCAACCCCAUUUAAAUUCUGCCGUCAUCCUCGUGUUCUUCAUCGUCGAGAGAGGUCGCAAGCACUUUGACGCAGCGGCCACAGUGUAAAGACCGCUAUUUCGGCGUAAUGCCCUCCCUGGUUAAGAUGCUGCCAUAGAUGAUCGCGUGUGCUUCGACAUAGGACGUAAACUAAUUCUGGAGCCAUAACGUGUUACUAAAAUACAUUAUUGCGCGUCCAUAUUAUAUCUUUCGAAGCUGUUUCCCUACGACGCGGACGUUUCAGUCCAAUAAUUACGAUUCAGCGCUCCACCGUGUUACACUCUAUGCGUCGUCCGCGGAUUUUAGUGUAUUCUUCCUUCUAUACAGAAUGCCUUGUACGUUGCCUAAUCGCAUGAACGAGCCAUACAAUGACGCCUAGAACUCCAUGUUACAUCAAAAGUAUCCGGAGGGAACUGAGAGCCCAGAAGCGUAGAUCCGUAUUGAACUGCCACUUAUUUUGUUGUAAAUGGUUCUAAACGAACCUCGUUCAAAGACUCAGAACGGGAAAUCUGUCAGUCAAUAAUUAGUGCAUUCACAAGUUUUCUAAAGAACUCCCAAAACCUAAUCGUUUCGGAUUCUCCAUGAGUGGGAGACGCCACCUGGAUCUCCAGCAUGUCUCCAGGCAACACCGCACCUCCGCUCCCCGCACCACGUCGAAAGAGUGCGAGUAGCCGCGCUGAGGGGAUGGGAAAAGACCUUCGAGGAGCAAUGUUACCAUACGCGCGGCAGACUGGCCACUCAAUGACCUGACACUUUCCAAAACUAUCUAAUCACUUUGAUAAUACUUCCGAGUCACACAAUAUUUUGGGAGAAUGCACGGUUGAACUACGAUAUCAAUUUGGUAGGAUCCUCGAGGCACGAAAUUUAGUCCGCAGUAAGGAUUUCUGACAAUAUGAAGUGAUCCGAAAUGGGUUCGUAUGCAACACGCACAGUCUCGUUUUUAAAGCAAUUUUACGUGUGUUGGAAGAGGGGUGCAGUGAAAUGAAACGUGUGGAAAAAAAACUGGUAGAUAAUAGCACAUUUACAGAACCACCACCGACAGGUAAAUGACCAGCUAAGAUGCACACUUAGGAGUUUGUUACGAGCAUAUGCUGCGUAGCAUAGUUAAGGUACCCCGCCAUGACAGUGGAAGAUCCUGAGGCAUUCGUCCCGCCCCAAAGCGUAUGAUUAAGCAUUAGGGCGCGUUAAGUACCCAGCGCACUCUAUCCACUCUGUCCCUCUCGCUCCGGAGCCUCCGUUAAACGGCCUUUUUCAAGGGACUGUAGAAGAGGUGGAGUUCCUCAACAUGAGUCCCGACCGGCGAUGAUGGUACGCCACGGAGAGGUGAUGACGGUGGCCUAUCUCCAUAGCCGGGCGCCGGUGGAACUGAGGCCGGUGCUCGAGGCGCGUGGCCAUCUUCGUCGUUGUCCAAGGUCCGCUACAGUGUUUCCCCCUCAGAAGCGAGCGGCGAGAAAGAACGAAGAACCACGUCUACACCGGAGGGAGAGAGCAAGAGUGACCGUGGAUGGGGGGACGUGCACAGCUGGAUUCGUUCACGGUACGGCGCAGCACACGUUGCAGGAUGAGGUCGAUAAGUGGCGAAGUCGUUGUCGGGCGUUGGAGUCAUGGCCUGGGGUGCUGCAGUCGGCGGUGCCAGUUCUACCGGCACAGUCUAAGCGUGAGGCCACGCUUAGCAUGAGACCCGCUGGGAGAUUCCACCACCGCCGAUCAGGGCUCGUGCGGAGGAACACCAUCUCCUCUACAGGACCAUGAAAUCAUUUUCGCGGAUACCGUGUACUCUGUCGGAAGCGGUUGUCAUGAUCCUUCACUAUCAUACACAUAUCGACGUAUAGCCGUGCAAAAUAGCGGGGCGUGACCGCCGGAUACAUCCGUUCGAAGCGGACUUAGGUCAUCGACGUCCAGUCCUCUCAGCCAAUUCUGGACGACUGGGAGCGCAUACCCUGUGGGACCACGCUAGUGCAUGGUUUCGGAUAGGACAACAACGACGUCGUAUAUCUGCCGCCGAAAUCAGUAGAAAUAUGGGGAAACGCAAAUUGUCAGCGAUGUAGGAAGAGAUUAUGCGACGCACAUAGGAAUCUAUCCGGUCUACAGGUCUAGGAAUCGAUACAUACGCAGCAGCUCGCAAAAGGACAACGACAGAUAUUUUGUGACGAAGCAGCAGGGAUGGGCAUAAACACACUUUUCGGGUAUUUAAAUAUAAAUACUACAUGUUUUUAUGUAUUUAAAUACUGCCUAUAAAUACUUUAUGAUGAAAGUAAUUAAAUACAGAAUAUAAAUACAUUAAGACUAUUUAAAUAAGCCGUAGUCGCUCAUGCGCCAGAAAAACCUCAAUCACUCACUCACUAUUUAAAUACUGUAACUACUUCUAUAAAUACCUUGAGCCGUCGAGGCACAUUAUCCUUUUAAAUUAUAUAAUAAAUGGAGCCGCCUACGGAUGCAA